UAUGAUACCUUUGGGCAGAUAUCAAGGGCCAUGAUGGAAAGGGGCCAUGACCGGGUCGCUCUGCAGUGCAGGGUUAAAGUGAAGGAGCUGCAGAAUGCCUACCACAAAGCCCACGAGGAAAACAGUUGCUCCGGUGCUGCCCUUGUGACCUGCCAUUUCUACAAAGAGCUGGACGCGAUACUUGGGGGCGACCCCACCUCCAUGCUGAGUACCACUAUGGACACUUCAGAGGCUAGUUCAACAAGGCGAGAGGAGGAGGAGCAGCAAAGCAGGAGCGAGGGUGCUCCAGCAGAGAAAGACACCUCAGAAUCCCUAGAUUCAUGCAGCCAGGAGCUGUUCUCAAGACAGGAGGAAGGUAGCCAGUCGCGGUGGCCGGAGCUUGGGGAAGGACAGACACCAGAGGAGGUUCCCGAUGCAACCUUGAGAUCUCAGCUGUCCAUGUUAUCAACAGCUGAGAGGCUUCCAGCUUCCCAUAUAGAGAGCGCCAGUGACCCUUUAAACAGCUAA